AUGUUUGUAUCACAUGACAAAAAUGUUAGUAAGAAGAAAUUUCAAAAGCCAAAUAUUCUUCGUAGAAAAUCUAAGAUUCCCAUAUUACGACCUCAGGUAACAGCUGAAGCUCAUGAAUCUGUCAACGAGAAGUCUCUAGUCACCACCGCUUUAGUAGAAGAACCAGUUAAUUUACAAGGAAUACAAAAUAGACUGUCAGCACAAAUAUUUGGUAAACAGAGAACAGAUAACCUUCAUCAGAUUGUUAAUAAGUCACCACAAAAACUGAUCUCAAAUGCUUUUAUUUCUGAGGAGAAUAUGUUACACACUAAAAAGAUUAACAGAAAAGGAAAAAAUACAAAUGAUGUUACAAUUGCUCUUUUAACACCUCAACAUAAUAAUAAUCAGGAUAACUAUAUUCAGAAUGGAGUCAAUGUGGAGUCAUUUUUAGUUGGUGGGGCUUUGAAACAAAAUGGUAUAGCGUUUGAAGGUGAUGGGAUACAGUUGGAAUCUGUUGAUAAAUAUGACAGCUCUAAGUGGUGUUCGGAUGUCAUUCAAGAUACCCAUAAAGUAAUAAAGGGACAUAGUAAUGGGUUGAUCUCUCAUGAAGGCAACAUGUUUUUAGAGCAAAAGUUGGAUGUAGUAACAACAAUGGUUCCGUUAUCGGUUGUUUCCUCAAUGCACAGGAAUAAUAUUAUAACCAUACAAGGGGAAUUAGUGCCUUCUGUGUCUAAUAUACAAAACAAUACUUUUAAUGAUCUCACUAAAAGCACUGCCAAAUUUAAGUGUGACAUAUCCGACUGCAAUAAGGAGUUCUCGAAUAAACAAAAGUUUAAAAAGCAUCAAAAUACCCAUAACAAAGGAGGAAGUAAUAGAACACCUAGGCAAACAAUAUUAGAAUGUCCAAUCAAGGCACUUAAAUCUGGCAUAGAGGAGCCAUGUGGAAAGACAUUUGUAUUAAGAGAAGAACUUUUGAAACAUCUAAAUGAAGAACAUACUUUAGAAGAAGCUAACCAUGUGUGCGCGGAGUGCGGGCGGCGGUUCUUCUGGGCGUCGGGGCUGCGCGCGCACGGGCGGGCGCACGGGCGCGCGGGGGCGGGCGCGGGCGCGGGGCGCGGCGCGCUGACGUGCGGCUGGCCGGGCUGCGGCCGCGUGUUCCGCCAGCCCUGCCGCCUGCGCGAGCACACGCGCGCGCACACCGGCGACAAGCCCUACCCCUGCAAUUAUCCGAAUUGCGGCUGGUCGUUCCGCACGGCGAGCAAGUUGGUGCGGCACGCGCGGCGGCACACGGGCGAGCGGCGGCAUGCGUGCACCGCGUGCGGCCGCGCCUUCCUGCGCCGCGAGCACCUGCGCGAGCACCACGCGCGCCAGCACGCGCCGCGCGCACGCCCGCCGCACGCCUGCACUCACCCCGGCUGCCAGCAGAGUUUCAACAAUAUGAGUUCUUUGUAUAUGCACAUGAAGAAAGUGCAUAAAAAGGAAGAAACUAGUACAGAGAAAACUUUGACGUCCGAUGCUACUACUCUCGUGGAGCCUAAUGCAGAGAAUACAUUCACCGUGAGUUUACUACAAGAGACGCCAGUGCAGUACAGUACUGUUACCAAAAUAGAUAUUGCUGGAGACGUGCAUAUAGACGGCGUGGUGGGCGUGAAAAUAGAAGCGAAGACUCAGGAAGAGCCGGUAGAAACAGGUGUUCUAACAGAAGCGGAUGCGGAGCCGGCAGUAGAACUGGAAGAGGAGCAGCACGCGGCGAGGACCCACUGCACGUGGCCGCUGCUACCGCGUGCCCACUGCGCCUACGGAAACCGCGAAGACACGUACGUGUUGGAGGAGGACGUGCAAGUGGAGCAGUCUGAAAGUUCGGAAAACAACAUAUACACAGUCAGAAGCGACCUGUUUCUUCACGGGAAUGUGCUAACCAAUGAAGAUAGCGAGAGUAUGGGGGGCGGUGUGGUUUCCAACGAUACAACUGCCCUCAGCGACGACCUCGACCUACUGGACGCUCACCCCACUAUCGACCUCAUGCAGGAGGAGUUGAUGUACACCGAUGCGGUAGACGAGUCUUCCUUCCGGGUGUUUCUUCUAAGCGGUGAGGAUCUCGCGUAG